AUGCCGUCGCAGAAGAAAAACACCGCGGUACCACCCCCACCCAGGCCCGACCCUGUGACGCUCGACCACAUCUACGAUCGCCUGACGCGGCCAGAUGUGGCUAUGGAGGAGCGGGCGUAUUACCUGGUUGCUCUCAGCACUGUCGCCUUCCACCCGAGUGUGAAGCUGUUUUUCUUUGAGCACACGCCAGUGCAUCCAACCGCGUCGCUUGGCGCUGGUGGCAGCGCGGAGGAUCGCGGUGGCCCAGGCACUGCAGAGUCUGUUUUAGUGGCGGAGGCAAACACCCGCCGUCGCGAGGCAGUGCUGAAGGGCAUCGCCUUUUUCCUCGCCCAGCGCAACAGUGCGGUGGUGCAGGAGUGUCGCUGGGAGACGGUCGCGCUGCUCGGGGAGCUGUGCCGCCUUGAAAGUCUCACGCCACUUCGUCCUGGUGGCCACGCCAAGAACGCCCUGGGCGCCGCGCUUGUGCCUUCCCCGCAGCAGGAUGUGGUGCAAAAGAUCAACCACUACGCACGGGCAAACCUUGAGUUUCUUGCACGGCUGCCAUGGUUUGUCCCGGCUGUGCAGGAGCUCAUUGGGGCGGAGACGGUCGAGGAAGGCACCACCACAUCGCUCUCCCCCUCCACUGCCGCAUCGUCGUCAACGGGUGGCACGGCUUCUGUGGCUCUUCGACGCACUGCGCGGCGGCAGAAUGCGGGCAACACCACCGGCGGCGAAGCUACGGGUGUCCGUGAAAUGGACGAGGACGUGUGCAUUGCGCUGAAAGACAUUUUAGCGGCUCUCCCAGAAGUUCGGCGUGGGGAGGGGGCGGAGGCUGCCGUUGUGUGGUCCGCUGCAUGCGUGGAUCAGGCGCACGACUUGAUGUUCCUUGACGCCUCCACGACUAUGCUGCACCUUAUCCCGCUUGUCGCCCGCAGCAGUCAUCGGCAGUGUGCACACUGCGAACAACGCGUCAACGCUGCUGCUGGCGGCGACGAUCACAACGGUGCCGGCGCGCUGCUGCGCUGUGGUAGUUGCAGGGCGGUGUACUACUGCGAUACUACGUGUCAGCGGGCCCACUGGGCCGCCGCCCACCGUGUGCCGUGCCGGAGCUACAGGCAGCAGGCGGAGGACAUCAUGGCGCAGUACGUGGCAAUGAACAAGAAGUCGCUCGGCGGUAGCAGGAAAAAGGCGCAGCAGGACACGGUGGCGGUGCUGGAGGUGCCGCUUGAGCCCUCCCUCUUUUACGAGACACGUCGGUACUUGUACGACCACCGCGACUCAUCAUUUGCGGAGGUGCCAUUUAUGGACUACUUCAUGAAGUACACGGUCCGCGGGAGUUAG